AUGAAUGCCCCGCCCUCCGAACAGUUGGUUGAAGUCUCCUGGGACCAGCCCACCGAUCAGACUGUCCCCUCCACCGGGAAGGUGGAAUAUGAGGUCGAAAUGAAACCGGAGGAGAGUACUAUUUGGACGCCAGUCGGCGUGGACUUCCCCAUAACUGACACCACUUUCUCCGUACCUCUGGAACUCCUGAAGGACCUGACCAAUUAUCAGUUCCGAGUCACAGCAAAGAACAAGGCUGGAAAGAGCAAGACGUCACAACCUUCUUCCCGUGUCCAGAAACCUAUGGAUGUGGAGUUCGUUAGGAGGCUAGAAGACGUAGAUCUUCAAGAACUUCCAAAGGAUGUUGUCUAUGAAUGUGAGCUGUCAAGACCAGGGAUGACGGUUAACUGGCUGAAGGAUGGCACCCCUGUAAAGCCAAACUACCGGUGCACUUAUGAGGUUAUCGGCGAGGGAGCGCAGGCCAACUGUGUUCACCGGCUGACCCUCCUUAACGUCGGCCCCGGUGACCAAGGCGUCUACACGGCACAGCUAGUGAAUGGACUCACUUCGGAAGCCCAACUCAGCAUCAACUGUCCGCCUAAGAUCAACUACACCGGACCGAAAACGUUCGAGAUGGCAGCUGGCAAGAGCACUGUAAUCGAGGUUCCCUACUCUGGGUCUCCAGCGCCAGCUGUGAAUUGGUCUUUCAAUGCGGGUCCUCUACCCAUUGGUCCCUCGCCCGAUAAACCCAUGUCAACCGUGGACACUGUUUACGGACUCACCAGCAUGCAACUGCGCCGCAUUGAUGGAACCGCGACGGGAACCUUCCUAGUACAGUAG